GUGGAGUUGCCAGUUUUAUCCCUCAGUUGCAGCAUAGUGAACUGCAGAUAAAGUGUGUGUUUAGUCGAGAAGAUACCAAGAUAACUCGCCAGUACUAGAGACUACACUCUCUCUGCUCUUGCGUGGAUUUGGAUUAUAUGUACAACAUGACAUUUGAGGAACUAAGUGGGGAUUACUCUCAAGAAAGAAUGGAUUCGGUGGCGAAAGCUUUGGAAGAGGUCCUCGCCUCUGCCUUACCACAGGGCUGCAUCACUGUCGGAGUGUAUGAGGCUGCCAAGUCCCUCAAUGUGGACCCUGAUAAUGUGGUUCUGUGCAUCCUGGCCACUGAUGAUGAAGAUGUGAAAGAUGUGGCCCUGCAGAUCCACUUCACCCUCAUACAGGCUUUCUGCUGCGAGAACGACAUCAACAUCCUGAGAGUCAACAACACCCGGCGCCUGGCAGAAAUGUUGGGUGGAGGAGGAAAACAGAGCGGGGGGGAACCUAUGGACCUGCACUGCGUCCUAGUCACUAGCCCUCAUUCGACAUCAUGGAAGGACCCUGCUCUGACCAAAGUGAACCGGUUCUGCAGGGAGAGCCGCUGCAUGGACCAGUGGGUUCCCAUCAUCAACCUGCCCGAGCGAUGAACUUUGAGAAUGAAAAACCUGAGGAAGGACUUGUAUCUGCACAGUAAGCGUGGUGUGAACCCUGAUGGACACAUUGCCACCCAGAGAUCAAAUUCCAAAGCACUGCUGAUGGGGAAAGAAGAAAAAAAAGACUCUGGCGUCUAUAUGGGAUGUAUUUAAAAGAAGAAAAAAAAGCCGGGGGAUGGACUCCCUCUGUGGACUGUUUGGAGCUGCUUCUGUCAGCCUUGAAGACGAGACGGAGGAAGCACUUGUGUCGUCAUGAAGUGGACGUUUCAAAAAGCACGGACACUUCCUGUACUCGAGGAUCCUAUCAUGUCUGUGUGGUGAAGCCUCUGAUCCGAGUCAGAGAGCGGAGGGUCUGUGGAGUGGACGAGGCCUCUCUGCAGAAACAAAGCACUUGUUGAAACACUGGACCUUUU